UUCCGAGGCAGCGACUCGGAAACGACGCCGUCUCCUUGGGGAAAAAUCAGCGUGGACUUCCAAUUCCGCGGAUUCGGCCUCUACAGAGAGAUCCGCGGAAAAUCCAAUAUCCUCAGAAAUCCGGGUUCCCCAUCUUCGCAGCAAAUCCCGCAACUUGGAAGUUCCACCAUUCCUGUCCUUGCCUUGUGUGUGAGUUCUCAUUUUCAUUGAUUCUUGAUGGGAACUCCGCAAUUCCCAGAUCUCGGAAAGCAUUGCUCCGUCCUCGAAUGCCAGCAGAUCGAUUUCUUGCCGUUCACAUGCGACAGCUGCGAUAAGGUGUUCUGUUUGGAGCACCGAAGCUACGUUAAACACAAUUGUCCAAAAGGCGACAGACAAAAUGUAACUGUUGUCAUAUGCCCCCUCUGUGCGAAAGGAGUUCAUUUAAUUCCAGAUGAAGAUCCCAAUAUUUCAUGGGAGAGGCACGUUAACACUGAUUGUGACCCUUCAAAUUACGAGAAAGCCACAAAGAAGAAAAAAUGUCCUGUUCCUGGGUGCAGGGAGGUCUUAACGUUCUCAAACACAAUCAAGUGCCGGGACUGCAUGGCAGAUCACUGUUUGAAGCACCGUUUUGGUCCUGAUCAUAAGUGUCCUGGACCGAAGAAACCGGAGACAGGGUUUCCUUUUAUGGGUCUGUUAAGUAGAAGUAAAACGGAAACUCCAAAGCGCAACCAUGCUCGUCCCACAUCUUCCCCCAAUUGGGGUAGUAGCUUUCUUAGUGCAGCUUCAUCUUUCAAAGCCUCAGCUUCAGCUGGUGUUGCGAAGUUGAGUAAUGAACUGAGCCAAAAGUUUCAGACAACAAAAGAUGGAGUGGGGCAGAGCAGCAGUGGAGGGAGUAGAAACGGGCCAGUGGAGGAGUGUCCGCAAUGUGGUAUGAAGUUUUCCUCAGUCACAACUCUUGUGGAUCAUGUACAGAAAGUUCAUGAAAAAGGUGGCAUCAGAGAAGGCGUGAAGAAGUUGACAGUUGAUGUCUGCCCCAAGUGUAGUAAAGGAUUUCGUGAUCCAGUGCUUCUUGUAGAGCAUGUUGAGAGGGAGCAUGGUGGUACCUCAAGACCAUAAGUAUAAUUUUUUCUUCUUACAAAGAGUAAAUGUUUUCUAUUGGAUAUCGGUCAGGUGGUUAUACCGACAAAUGCAUGUACCUGUUGAGAGUGAAGUCAAAUUGUUUGCUCUUAUAGUUGUAAGGUUGUACACAAUUGUUUCUCUGUGAAUACUGAUUUGUUGAUAGCCAAUUGUGCUGUCUGUAGACUUAUAAUGCAUAAUAAUUUCUUUACAGAC